AUGAACUCGUGGUCGACGGCCGUGUUGGCGUCGGCCGGCGGCAGCGCCUGGAGCGGCACGAGCGAGGUCGGCAAGGCGCAGGUCGACGUCGACGACGGCUGGAACGCGCGCUUCCAGCGGUCGCUCCCCGAGGGCCACGCGUUCGCGCUCACGGAGCUGAACCGCGACUUUGUGUUCGUGGCGUCGACGGUCGCGCGGACCAUCGUCCUCGAGACCUACGCGGCGGAGAAGACCGUGGCGCCCAGCGACCUCGGCGGGCAGGCCGGCGGCCGCAAGUUCGCGACGCACGGCAUCAUCUUCAAGUGCGUCGACGGCGGCCGCGCGCCGUUCUACGGCGACGACGACGCGGCCCACAAGUGCGUCGGCCACGACCUCAAGGGCGCCAACGCCGUCCUCGCCGCGCGCGUGCCGGGCGUCCACGUCGCGCUGCAGUGCGUCGUCGACUAUUUAGACUACAGGAUCCACGCGCAGGGCAUCCUGCCCAUCGGCGCGCUCGAGGGCGACGCCGACGGCUCCGACCAGGGGUCGGCGAGCCUCUACGACCACAUGCCCAUCUACGGCCGGGCGGUCGACGACGAGUCGUCCAAGGGCCAGAGCAUCUACGACGCGGCCGCGGCGCUCGGCGCGCGGAGCCCGCGGAGCCCGCGGAGCCCCGCGGCGCUCACGACGCUCGUGUCCGGGUCGUCGGACGGCGGCCGCACGAUCCGCCGCGGCCGCCGCGGGGGCGGCGCCGAGACCGUCGCGGACGUCGAGCUCCUCGCCAAGGAGCUCCGGCUCGCGCCGCACGGCGGCGGCCUCUUCUGCGGCUGCGACGUCGAGGUGCACCGCGGCUCCGACGGCCGGAGCUACCUCGUGGACCUGGCGCGCGUCUUCCCGCCGGAGGCCCCGGGUCCGACGUCGAAGCGGUCCGACCUCUUCUCGCGGCUGCUGCGGCCCGAGUUCGUGCGCCGCCGCGGCGACCAGGCGCUCGCGGCGUUCCCGACGGGCGCGGCGAGGGCAGCCGCGCCGCCGCUCUCGUCCGACGCCUUCUCGUUCCUCUCCGACGACGGCUUCGACGCCGAC